AUAGCUGGUGAGGUCGUCAGGCAGUUUGCUACUUAAAAAAAAUCCUUCUUCAGAAAAAAUCACAAAAAAAGUGAAAUUCCUUAAGAAAAAAUUAAAAAAUAAUUAAAAAUCGUUUCCCGUCCCGUGGAUUAAAUUGAAUUUUAAACCUCUUUUAGUCGAAAUUUCGUGAUUUUAAGAGCUUCGAGUGUUACAUAAGAGUGUUUCAUAAACAAGUCACACACGUAGAAACACACACAAAAUACACACGAAUUAAUUGGAAUUUAAAAAAAAUUAAAGUUGAAGGUCAAUUUUAAGCUAAUUGUUACUUCAGAAAACCCUUAAAAGCUAAAAACAUGACAUCGAUUGACCCAAAUAAGUACAAGCUGUCUGACAAGACGAAAAAUCUUACCGCUCAAGACAUAGUACCGCACGUCAGCGAAAAAGCAGAUCCCGAAACACGGGAAUUCCUUCAGAAGGUUGCCGAUAUCCUCGUUGACUAUGUUCUCGUGCAAAAUGAUCGGAAAGAGAAAGUUCUCGAUUUUCAUCAUCCCGAGGAUAUGAUGAAACUUUUGGACAUGAACUUACCUGACGAUCCCGUGAGUUUGCAACAAUUGCUCGUUGAUUGCGCUACUACGUUGAAGUAUCAAGUGAAAACAGGUCAUCCUCACUUCUUCAACCAACUCUCAUGCGGUUUGGAUGUCGUUUCCAUGGCUGGCGAAUGGUUAACUGCCACGGCAAAUACCAACAUGUUCACUUAUGAAAUUGCGCCCGUCUUCAUUCUCAUGGAGAAUGUCGUGAUGACUCGAAUGCGCGAAAUUAUCGGAUGGGAUUGCGGAGACUCGAUUUUGGCUCCCGGAGGUUCAAUUUCUAACUUGUACGCCUUUUUGGCAGCACGUCACAAGAUGUUCCCUAAUUACAAAGAACACGGCCCGAAAUGCUUGCCCGGCGAACUUUGCAUCUUCACAUCCGAUCAAUGUCAUUAUUCGGUGAAAUCCUGUGCUGCUGUUUGUGGCUUGGGCACUGAUAAUUGCAUCAUGGUGCCAUCUGAUGAGCACGGAAAAAUGAUUGUUUCGGAGUUGGAUCGAUUGAUUCGCGAGAGAAAGGCAAUGGGACAAAUUCCAUUCUUUGUGAAUGCCACAGCAGGCACUACAGUCUUGGGUGCAUUCGAUCCCAUCAGCGAAAUUGCCGAUGUCUGUGAAAAGUAUGGAUGUUGGUUGCAUAUCGAUGCGGCAUGGGGUGGCGGUCUAUUGUUGUCUCAGAAAUAUCGACAUCCACGACUCACUGGAGUUGAAAGAGCACAAUCUGUCACCUGGAAUCCGCACAAAUUGAUGGGAGCUCUUUUGCAGUGCUCGACGAUUCAUUUCAAGGAAGAGGGACUUCUCUUGAGCUGCAACCAAAUGUCUGCGGAAUAUUUGUUCAUGACUGACAAAUUGUACGACAUCAGAUACGAUACAGGAGACAAAGUCAUCCAAUGCGGUCGUCACAACGACAUUUUCAAGCUUUGGUUGCAAUGGAGAUCAAAGGGUCAAAUUGGUUUCGCUCAACACAUGGAUCAUCUCAUGGAAUUGGCGCAAUACCAAGUGAAACGCAUCAAGGAACAAUCCGACAAAUUCCAUCUCAUCCUGGAACCGGAAUUGGUGAAUGUCUCGUUUUGGUACAUUCCGAAACGACUUCGUGGGGUGCCACAUUCGCCCGCCAAGGAAAAGGAAUUGGGCAAGAUUUGUCCAAUAAUUAAAUCCCGCAUGAUGGAAUCCGGCACCUUGAUGGUUGGAUAUCAACCCGAUGAUAGACGUCCCAACUUCUUCCGGUCAAUUAUCUCGUCAGCUGCUGUCAAAAAGGAUGAUGUCGACUUCAUGUUGAACGAAAUCGAUCGACUAGGGUCUGACUUGUAAAUUAAAAAACACAGAAAAGUAGUCACUUGUAGUUGAAAAUUAUCUGCUAACUAUAAAAUAUCCCCCAAAAAACGAAAAAAAAAAAAUUAGUGUUAAAGUUACAAAAAAAAAUAUAUAUUUUAACUGACAAGUUAUACAAAUAUAAAAAAAAAUAUAUAAAUAUAUAUUUGAUGAAACUGCCCUAUGAAAGGUCAAUAUGCGAGUUGUUAAGAGUUUAAAUUAAAAGAAACAAGAAAUUGUUUGAACGUGUGAAGAUUUUAGACAAAAAUAUAUAUAUUAUUAGUUCAAAGCUAAAAAAAAAGUUCAAAGUUAGUAAAAAUUAUAAAAGUUUAAAAAUUA